CAGACACCAGUGACAGACAGGUCGUUCUUACUCUUAAACUCUUAAAGUGACUUGGAAGAUGAGGGCUGCCAUCUCACUGCUGGUGCUGCUGCUCUCCAUGUGUGGAGUCCAGACAGAGAGCCACGGCACUGACGCCUCUACCCAGGACGUCUCUACUGAGCUGAAGGAACUCAGAGACAUGGUGGUGGAGCUGAGAGCAACACUACAACAUACUCGACAUGACGUUAAGGUUUUGGAGACUGUGAAUGUAGCAAUGAAAGAAAGGCUUAUGGCCAGUGAGGCUGAGAAUGUAGCAAUAAAACAGAGUUUGGCAGUCAGUGAGGGUAAAGUGGAGGCUCUGGAGACUGAGAAUGUAGGAGUGAAAGGAAGGCUUGUGGCCAGUGAGAGUAAGGUGGAGGCUCUGGAGAGGGCACUACAGGACACCAAAGCAGAAAUGAAAACGCUGGUAGAAAAUCUGAUGAAGAAAAGUGCAGCACAAGAGGCAGAGCUGACAGCAGUGAAGACCAGACCGGCAGCCACUGAGACUGAAGUAGAGGAUUUGGAAAAUGAGAUCAGAGCAGCACCCAAGGUGGCCUUCUCAGCAGGUCUGACUGACUCUGGAUACAUAGUGGCUGGGAGUACUGACCUGAACUUAGUCUUCAGUAGAGUCAUCACCAAUGUAGGAGAGGCCUACAACCGCAAAACUGGCUUCUUCACAGCUCCAGUCAGGGGGGUCUACUACUUCAGGUUCACUGUUGCGGAUACACUGGACUCACGCUACAUAGUUAUCAGGAUGUAUAAGAAUAGAGAGUGCCUCAUGCAGCUGCAGGAACAUGGCACUGAUGGACAGCUUCACUACCUGUCCGGUGGCCUGACUCUGCAGCUGGAGAAGGGAGACACAGUAAACAUGGUGCUGCCAGCAGGCUACAGACUCUAUGAUAAUUACGUGUAUAACUUCUGCACCUUCAGUGGCUUCCUGCUCUUCCCUCUCUGAACGCCACAACAUCACCAUGACCACUCACCACUCACUUUGGAGAUGAAUUGAUUGAGAAAUGGUCCAUGUAAAUCAUUAUCAUUUUUGAUUAAAUGCAAAUCUCAUGAUCAAAUAAAUGUCUCCUAAACUGCAUAUCUGUCAGGUUAUCACCAAUACACCAAUAGUAGGACUCUAGUGGCAUGAUACAGUGUGCACCUGCUAUCUAUGAUGUGUGAUCACUGGUCUUGAAUUUGUAUGCCAGCGCGUCAAGGCGCAUGCUAUGCCACUUGUCACCUUAGGGUGCGCUCACCUUUCUGCCAGGUAGCCUACCUGUAGGUCAUGUGAUAUAAGUCAACCCAGACCAUUGUUCUCAUUGCCUGAGGAAGAUCCCUCUGUUGGAUCGAAACAUUGCCAUAUGUUUAAAUGAAAUAAAGUGUUU